UUCUAGUGGAACAAACCAACACUUGGAACGCAGAGCUAUAGCAGAAGCUAGAAGAGUGUAGUACACACGUAGCGAUCGAGAAGAAAUAAUGGCACACACCGCCGCUCCGAUGUCGUCGCCCAAGGUUGGAGCCGGAAGCAUCGCCACCCCAUGGCAACAGCUCCAGGGUUCGGAGUCAUGGAAGGGGCUCCUGCCCUCGAGCGAGCACCCGGACUCGCUGGACGCCGACCUCCGUGCCUCCCUCAUCGCCUACGGCGAGCUCGCGGAGGCCGCCUACGACGGGCUCAACGCCGACGAGAGCUCGUGGGACGCUGGCUCGCCCCUUUACGGCCACGCCGGCCUGCUCGCCGCCUCCGGCGUGUCCCACCCGGAGCACUACCGCGUGACCAAGUUCCUGUACGCGACCUGCGAUCUGCGGGUGUGGCCGUGGAAGACGUCGAAGUCGACCAGGUCGGUAGGCAAGUCCAUGUUCGUGCGGCCAGCGCAGGUGGCGCGGGCGGGGCCGUGGUGGUGGGAGACCAACUGGAUCGGGUACGUGGCGGUGGCGACGGACGACGGCAUGAAGGCGCUGGGCCGGCGCGACAUCGUCGUGGCGUGGCGCGGCACCGUGCAGACGUCGGAGAAAUUGAAAGACGCCAUCUUCCCGUACGCGUCCGUGGCGGAGGGGCUGGACCUCUCGGCUGAGAACAAAUUCGCCGACGCAAAUGUGCACAGUGGCUUCUUGUCAGUGUACACCACAAACAACCCCCGUCGGAACUACCGCGAUUCGCAGAUUGACAUCGUUUUCGAUACCAGCCCCAGAGAUGAGGCGCUCAAGGAAGUGCGGAAUCUAGUGGAGGCGUACAAGAGCGAGGAGAUGAGCAUCACCGUCACUGGCCACAGCCUUGGCGCCUCACUCGCCACCCUCAAUGCCUUCGACAUAGUGGCCCACGGCAUCAACGUGCCGCCCGCUUCCUCCAAGCUGAUUCCGACUCUUCCGUGCCCUGUGACGGCGAUCCUGUUCGCGAGCCCGCGUGUCGGGGACGACGACCAUUUUAAGCACGUCUUUGCCUCCUUACCCCAGCUGCGGGCACUCCACGUGAAGAAUGAAAAUGACGGAGUGACAAGUCUCCCAACAGGGAACUUCUAUGAUGCGGCAACGGCUUCACUACUCAUCGACACCAAUAGGUCGCCCUACCUACGCCACGGAAAUCUAAAGACAGUCAGGUGGUACCACAACCUCCAGUGCUACCUGCACGGCUUAGCCGGAGACCAGGGUGCUGAAAAGCACUUCAAACUGGUGGUGGACCGCUGA